UCUCUUUAGGGACACUCUCUCGUGUUCACGUCGAUCGUUCCUCUCUCGCCGCCGUUCGGUCGCCGCCGGUGAGACUCUGUCUGCUGGUUUUCGUAAGGUCAAGCGACGCAGCAAGAAGCGUCUGCUGGUUCUAGUCUUGACGGAAAAGCUGAAUUUACCCCCUUUUUUGGCCAGAUUUGGCAAUCUGACGGCAUAUUCUGCAAUUCUCAGAGUUUAUAUCCUUCCUUCCUUGGUGACGUGAAAUGGAACUUGGAAUUCCAGAAAGCGGUAAGAUUUGGAGGGUAUUGAACUGGUAAAGCGGUUUAAUUCUGUCAUGCUUGGUGCUGGUGAAUCCUUUUCAAAUGAUUUGAAUUUGUUAAGGUUGUGUAAUCUUGGACAGCAAUUUACAAGAUGGAUAUAAUCUCACAGUUGCAAGAACAAGUCAAUACGAUUGCUGCUAUUGCCUUCAAUACUUUCGGCACACUCCAAAGAGAUGCUCCUCCUGUGCGUCUCUCUCCUAAUUAUCCCGAACCACCCGCUAAUGCUACAGCCACUGAUGAUGCAGCCACUUCUACAGAGCAACCCAAGGAGCUUAGUGCCUCUUUAGUAAAGGCUGCUAAGCAGUUUGAUGCUUUGGUUGCAGUACUUCCAUUCUCAGAGGGAGGUGAGGAAGCUCAGCUGAAAAGGAUUGCUGAACUCCAGGCAGAAAAUGAUGUCAUUGGCCGGGAACUCCAAAAGCAACUAGAGGCUGCAGAUAAGGAGCUUAAACAGGUCCAAGAUCUGUUUGGAAAAGCUGCGGAUAACUGCCUGAACCUGAAUAAGCCCAAUUGAAGUUCAUUAACCCUGCUUGUUCCAAUCAAGUUUAAUCCAUAACCCUCUCUCUCUGAUUCUACUCUUUCCAUAUUUAGCAAGAUUUGGUUCAGGAAACUUCCAUUUCAGUUUCCUAUCCACCAAACUGUUACAUGCUAAUAUUGUUUCUGAUAAGAAAGUUGAUUUGCACUUGAGAAAAGGAGUGAAUGUAAGCAAGCUCUACAGCAAUGGAUACAGAUUCUCUU